GAACCUUGACUGCGGGAGAACAUAGCUUCCCUUUCCAGUUCCUGUUGCCAACCACAGCACCCACAUCCUUUGAGGGGCCUUUUGGAAAGAUUGUUCACCAGUUGCGGGCUGUGAUUGACACCCCUCGCUUCUCCAAGGACCACAAAUGCAGUCGUAUCUUCUAUAUCCUCAGUCCCCUGAACCUCAACAGCCUCCCAGACAUUGAGCAACCCAAUGAAGCCACAACUACCAAGAAAUUCUCUUACAAGUUGGUGAAGAGUGGGAGUGUUAUACUCACUGCAAGCACUGACCUCAGGGGCUACGUUGUGGGUCAGGUGGUCCAGCUACGUGCAGAUAUUGAGAACCAGUCUGGCAAAGACACCGGGCCUGUGGUGGCCAGCCUUCUCCAGAAAGUAUCCUACAAGGCCAAGCGCUGGAUCUAUGAUCUUCGGACAAUUGCAGAAGUUGAAGGCUCAGGGGUUAAGGCCUGGAAGCGGGCUCAGUGGAGGGAGCAGAUACUGGUUCCAGCCCUGCCACAGUCAAUGUUGCCUGGCUGUAGCCUCAUCCAUAUAGACUACUUCAUUCAGGUCUCACUAAAGGCACCUGAAGCAACAGUGACUCUGCCCCUUUUUAUUGGCAACAUUGCAGUGAAUUGCCCUCCACUGAGUCCUGGCCUGGCCUUGUCUGGGCUCCCACCCCCCCUGGUGCCUACUGCGCCACCUGAGGACUUGGACAUGGCAGCCUGUGGGCCUUGUCCUGUGGACAAUGUCCCCCUCCCUACCAAGAGCCACUCACAGCAGCAGCAACAGUCAUCGCAGCCAUUCAGCUAUACACCUGGCCUGAGCUUCCCUGAGGCUGAGCCUGGUCCUGAGGAUGGUUCCCCUGGCCCCAAUCGGCCUCCCCUUUGCUUGUCCACUGGUGCCACUGUUCCCUACUUUGCUGAAGGCCCUGUGGUGCCUAUGCCUACAGCUAGUGCCCUGAUCUUGCCACCGGAAUAUAGCACAUGGGGUUAUCCCUAUGAGGCACCCCCUUCCUAUGAACAAAGUUGCAGCAGUGCCAGCUCUGGCUUGAGCAAUGGGAACUGACUUGUGGACUCUUUAGCCCAUCUGGCCCUGUCUCCUGGGGCCCUUGCCUCAGGCCAAGUUUCCAGUGCUGUGAAGAAGAGGAACUUCUGUCUGAACUUUUGGCAGUGAAGGAAGGAGGAGGGCCAUACCCCAGGGCCAUCUGACCUCCGACUUUCUCCUUGGAGACUCCCCCCAUGCCUUAAACCCUGGCCUCUGCCUAUCAGGUUAGGCUAUAUAUUCUGUGGCCCUAGGGGGAGAGGUUUUGGGGUGCUAGUCAUAUGUGUGUCCCCAUUUCCCAUAUAUUCUGUAGGGUCCUGGAGGGACCAACAUCUAAUCUGGCUCCUGUGCAGGGAGGACUGGUUGUAUUGGCCAAGGGCAGGGUCUUCCCUUAUUCCCAGGAUCCAAUCACUCUGGGGAAACUUUCGCUGGCUCUCCCUCUUGUGCCUUUUCUUCUUCUGGGCUCAGGUUGGGUGAGCUGUUCAUCUCAUUGCUGUAUCCCUGGCUUCCUUGGACGGCAUGAAGAGCUCUCCUACCAUUCUUCUAUGGCCAGGGACCAUUCCUUGUAUAGCCAGAGCUGGGGCUUCACACCCCAGAGUGGCUGGUUCUAACUUCCUGUCCCCAGGUGGGACUAUGGGCAAAGUGGGCUGGGUCUCCACUGCCCUCCCUGACUUCUACUGGAUUAUAACCUGUAACCUCCAUCCCCUCAACUAAUAUAUACCCUGAUGCUCAUCACUUUCUCUCUUCUGGACUUAGAUUUCCCUUGGGCAACCUAUCCUAGGGCAUGUUACCCUAUGGAUGGAUCUGUAUCCAGCUUGGUCUGUUUCUUGGUUGCUUCUAGGGUUCUUGGAAGUCUGGGAAAGUGAGCAGCACUUUAGUAACCUGUUCUGUUCCCUGCCCUUCCACCCCUUCCAAGCUACCCAGGAACCCUUAGCCUUUGUCUUCUAAAAGUGUCAGGGUUAGGGAGUCUGCUCCAGUUUGGCCUAUGACUCUUUAAAGCAUGUGUGCCGUAUUGAGAGAGGUUGCUAGAAUUGGCUUAUGGGACAGACCCAAUCUCAAGCUGAGGGAGAUUUGAGUAGCUCGGUGGCCGGGAAGGAGGAAUCCUAGCACUUCCUUUUUUUUUUUUCUAUGGCUUUGUUUUAUCUUGCUCCCUUUUUUUCAGGUAUUUAUUGAUAAAUAUGCCUGCCAUUUUCCCCUACUCCCUCCCAGCCUUGGUGGCAUGAAGAAUCUACAUGUAAAUAAAGUUUUUGUUUUGUAAUG